UAUCCUUCACUUAUUAACCUAGAAGCUCUUGGGUAGAACUCGUCAUAUGAAGUUGUACGACACAAAAGAAAACCUUAACUGAAGAAACACUUAUGUCCACUUACUUUACUCUUACUUUUUCCAUGUAGGCAGUUGCCGAGGUUUGUGGAUAUUGUCUUGGGAUCCUUUAGCGAGCAGCUGAUACUUUACUUUGCUGCCCCCUGAUUUUUGCAAGGAUACAGUAAUGUUAAAGAUUUUUUUAUGUGUUCUUCUUGUCGUUGAAAUCAGCCAUUGAUUUCCAUUCAUAUUUUCUUUAAUACAGUAGGGUUUGGCUGUAUGAGGGUUGCAACACUGUCCAUACUGAAGCAUCUGUUCCUUUAACAUCUUUUGGGUGCACUUUUGUAUUUUUAAUCGAUUUAGCAGGACUGCUUUAUGGUAAUAUUGGAUUUCUAUAUGUUUUUGUCUUCAAUUUGAUGAUGAUGCACUUUCACUUUUCAUGUAAAUUAACUCACUAAUAAAGCUGAAUAGGGAGUAACUCUGUUUUGAAACCAACCUCAAGUGGCCAUUUUUGGAACCGCAGUUUAUUUCGCACUUCAACUGGGGCUUCAUGCCACUGUGACGGAGGUUGCCUACUUGGUGAAAACGCCAGUCCUCACACAGAUGAAGAAGCAACAAAUAAAAACGCCGCCAUUUGGUGUUAACGUGCCAAGCGUUUAAGAUAUUAACCUCUGCUUUCCAACAGCCCUUUAAAAUCUGAGUGAAUUUACUGCUAAUGCAAAACCAAUAUUUCCUAAUGAUGUCGCUGAACACUAAAGGUCUUCCUCCUGCUAAUUGUGAAGCAGCUAAUAGACAUUCAAUGUAUCCAUCACCCAACAUGUCGUCACGGUAAUCGUUUAUCAAGCCGUGCUGUCCAGUGGAAAACUAUUUGCCACUGUGAAUCGUUGCAGGUCUGAUAUUGGCUGAUAGAAAAAUGCUUUUGUUUUUUUCAUCCGUCCUGCUGACUAAAUGGAGUGAGCGAGCAUCUUGCACACGGACACAACAGCUGGCCGAACAGGCAUUGCAGGAAUCGGGCUGUCGUCGCAGCUGGCGUUUCAGAGCUCCUCAUACGUUCAUUCGUUUUCCAAUUCGGGACAUCUGGCGAUCAUGUGACACUCUAUUCAGGAGCUGUACGGAGGCAGAAGAAAGUUCACCGGUUACCCGGUUAUCAAAAAGGCUCCGUUGAAAUCUGAUGAUGAUGAAGUUCAUCUCCCAGUCAGACCUGUUUGCCUCUCAGCGGAAACCUUAAGCCCCGUUCUGGAUGACUGGAGAGGGAUAAAUAAUCGACUGCGCUGCUUUUGUGCCCUUUGCCAACAGCACUCAAAAGAUGUAUUUCUAUAGCUAACCGUUUGUCAGGAGAGAGGGAGACACUCCCUUUUAAACUGAGCUAUUUUAUGUGUUUUUUUUUAAUAAAGUAUACCAUAAGUGGAGUGAAUGUUUUUGUUGGUGGAUUUCAAGGGUAAAUAAGAAGGACUGAAGGGAGGAGUUUGGGGUAAUUAGAAGUCAGGUCCGUUGGCCAGCGCUGACGGUCUGACCGGCCAGAGGUCCUGGUCAGAUUUCCCUGCUGUGUAGGGGAGCUGGAGGCGUGCCAGACAUUCCGUGUGUCACUUUCUGUACAGCCAGCCCACUUCUCUCUUUUUAUUUUGUAAUAUCCUUGUAGGAAAAAAAAAAAAGACUAGAAGGAAGUACUAUUCACUACUCGCUUGCUAUUUCUUCAUUUGGUUCCUUCAAACGGCUCAAGGAAGAAGGAAGGACUGUGUGUCAGUCCAGCACCGUGUAGUUUCUGUGUUUUAGUUUAAGAAACUCUGGCUCUUUUUGUGUGAAAAUGGACUGUCUUACAAUGCAGGAAGCAGCCGAGUACUGCAUGAAAAUGCAUCCCAUGUGGCAGGGACCCCUCGCGGUACCAGGAGGCGAUCGCCAGUCCCCCAUCGACAUCGUUGUGCGAAAGAGCGUCUUUGACUCAAAGCUGAAGCCCCUGGUCACCAAUUACGACCCGCAGACCUGCCAACAGAUCUGGAACAACGGCUACUCCUUUCUGGUCGAGUAUGAUGACACCACAGACAAGUCCACGCUGAAAGGAGGCCCCCUGCAAGACCAAUUCCGGUUGUGCCAGUUUCACUUCCACUGGGGUGAGAGCAACGCCUGGGGGUCAGAGCACACGGUGGACAGGAGGCUGUUCCCCGCAGAGCUCCACUUGGUCCACUGGAACUCUGACAAGUACAGUUUGUUUGAGGAGGCCGUGAUGGAGGACAACGGGCUGGCUGUCAUUGGAAUCUUUCUUAAGGUGGGAAAGCGUCACGAGGGGCUGCAGAAACUGGUAGACGCUCUGCCGGCUAUCAGACACAAGGACAGCGUAGUGGAGUUUACCAGGUUCGACCCUGCCUGCCUGUUACCCGCCAACACCGAUGACUACUGGACCUACCACGGCUCUCUGACCACGCCCCCUCUGACCGAGUCCGUCUCCUGGAUCGUCAUGAAGCAGCACAUAGAAGUCAGCCACGACCAGCUGGCGGUCUUCCGCAGCCUCCUCUUCACCUCGGCUGAGGAGGACGUACAGAAGAGCAUGGUGAACAACUUCCGCGUGCAGCAGUCCCUCUGCGGCCGCACCGUCCGCUCUUCCUUCACUCCUUUCCUCCAGGAGGCUGAAGGCGACAAGCACACUCACUGACGCUGCUGGAGCCAGUACUCCCAGUGACUCGGCUCCGCACUGAGGCCCAAACUACCUUUUUACUCUGUGAGCAACUCUCCACACUCCUUUUUACAAACAAACUGUCACGACACAAUGUUCCCCCAGAGGAUCUUUAGUGACACUUAGUGCUGUUUUUCUUUUCAAGGAGUGAACCGAUUUUCUUUUUUUUCUUCUUUUCUUACAAACCAGUUUCACAUGAAGGAUGCUGGGAAACUUUGGAUUUUUCAGAUUUUGGUUUGAGUACUUGCAGACCAUCAAACAAUAAGGGAAGGUUGCUGUGGGUGGGGGGAUAUGUAGCUUAAAUUACUUUAUUAUUAACAGGAAUUGUGUUUUAUUAUACGGGGACAUUCAGUUACUGUGCUCCACAGCACUGUGUGCUGGUCACAGUCGGUACUACAGCAGAGUCUGCUCUGACUUCCUCAUUACUUUGUUAUCUCUAGAAGAGUAGUGCAGCUGUUUACAGCAGACAGACUACACAAUACAUAACAUAAAGGUCUAAUAUCAUCAAGAGCUUUUUAAAAACAAACAAACACAAUUCAUGUGUGGUGGGUUGUUGGGUUUUUAUUAACUUUGUCAUCUAUACAUUAAUACGAUUUAGAAUGUAUGUUUUAUUUUUUAUCUGUUACAAAGAGAUUAUACUGUAUACAUGUUUUAAAGGAACUCUUACCGAGCCCUGGGGUUUCUACUACUAUUAACAUGUUACGAUUGCUCACACAGUUACAGUUGUUACAGUAGCACAAACGCACACAUGCAUUAUUCAGAUUGAAAGUAGCGUGUCGUUUCUUUUGUUCUUCUGUAGUUUCAUCUACCGUAACCACAGUGCCUUAAACCGGUAACUGACAGGACUUUCAGGUCGGCUGAUUGAUUCAAGUCUCGAUCAGUCUGUCCGGUUUGGUUGGCUUUCUGAUGGGCUGACGUUAAUCAAAGAUAGGAUGAGAUUUAAAUGUCACUGUUUUGGUUCGAGGAAAGGGCCGAAAGAGUACCGAGGACUGUAACUGAUUGUAUGCAUUUUCCAUCGGAAUGUGAAGGACGCUACCAUGAGUCGCCGUGGUAGGGCUGGAUAAAACAAGGUGACUAGAGUGGGACCAACGGCCCACAGCAGCCUCGCGUAUCGUCUCGCUGGUGUCGACAAAUCUGGAUUUAUCGGGGCUCUCGCCCUCCAUAACUCGCUCAGGACUAUGAAGUGUGUUGCUGGGGUUUAACUGCCAUAUACCGCCUAAGUCAAAUUGUCAUCUAGUACUGCAGCUGCUGUUAGAAAAUUGGGAAUGUUUGUGAUUUUAGUUCUGCCAAACAACUUUGAAAAAACUACAGCUCCCGAAGAAAAUGUACAAGGGCCCCCACCUUCCACAGCAUUCAUUGUUAUUCCAGACUUGCCUGAGAUGAGUGCUUGUGGGACAUGGUGUUUGUUAAAGGCCACUAUAAUAUAUUAUGGUAAAUAAACAAAGAUUUUAGGUAUUUAUACCAAACAGGAUUAUUAGUUUGCAUAUAGUGUCAAAGGAAAGUUCCUUUUUGCCUGCAGCUCUGUCAGCAACACCUAAUGUACCUAAUCCAGAGCGCCCGCAACUCUGUGUGUGUGUGGAUCCACCUAAUCCAACAACGCUGCACACAAAAGAUCGAGAGCCGGAUUAUGUAAUCUUGCAUCGUGUAAGUAUGGCAGACCGCCAGCGUUGGCUCACCCGAUGAACCUCCUCACUAUGCAGCAUGAAUAUGAAAAGAGAGAAGUGAAAAAGCUAGGAGGAAGGGGGA